AUGAAGUUGAGAGUGAGGGGGUGGGCCUGGGUUGAAAUCUUCCUCAGCCCAUAAGAACCCCCAUCCUGUCAGCCUCUCCUCCUCCCUCCUCUCUCCUCCUUCCCCUCUUUCUCUGUCACCUACACAAGUCUCAGUGGCCUCCAUGCUUCCAGUAGCCCAUGGCUUUAUCCCGCCACAGGGUCUUUGUAUAACCUGUGCCCUCUUCCCAGAAGACUAGCCCUUCACCCCCAAAGGGCUGCCUCCAACCCAUCCUUCAGGUCUCCGCGUGGCUGCCACCUGCCAGGGAUGCGAGGAUUCACUAAGAGGUUCUGUGUGAAGCACUUAAGCCCGAGCGCACAACUGCUGCAGAUGGGAGCUGAUGUUAGAGUUUCCAACGGGGCUCCAAGUUGGGAGUCCCCUCCUGCACAAGUCACACAGCUAGGAGGUUGGUGGGGGAGGGUUGCCUGGUGGUCCUGGGUCAGGAUGGCCCCCACAUUCUCUCCCCUUCAUUCUUGGAUGCCCGGACUACUUCUCUAAGGUUCAGCAAGGGACUGAGCUGGAGAGUCUCAGUGGGGAGAGAACAACACAGGAGUGAGGAACAUCAGCCCCUUUCUAGAUGAGGAAAACUGAGGGCUUCUGCCCUGACCACACAGUGGUGUGUCUUCAGUCAGCUCUCUGGAAGAGGCACUCUUCAUUUCUCAGCUUCCCUUCCUCACCUGAAAGGCAGGCUUUGGAGGUCAGACUCCAGGAUCAGCCCUGUGCAACUUGACCAGCCUGCUGAGGGAUGCCCAAGAAGUUCCAGGGUGAGAACACCAAGUCGGCAGCGGCCCGGGCACGGAGGGCUGAGGCCAAGGCAGCAGCUGAUGCCAAGAAGCAGAAAGAGCUGGAGGAUGCCUAUUGGAAGGAUGAGGACAAACACGUCAUGAGGAAGGAACAGCGCAAGGAGGAGAAGGAGAAGCGGCGCCUGGAACAGCUGGAGCGCAAGAAGGAGACGCAGCGCCUGCUAGAAGAGGAGGAUUCAAAGCUCAAGGGGGGCAAGGCCCCCCGGGUAGCUGCGCCCAGCAAGGUCACCCGCGCCCAGAUUGAGGAGACGCUCCGCCGAGACCAUCAGCACAAGGAAGCCUCAGAUGCAGCCGAGAAAGCCAAGAGCCACUUGGAGGUACCCCUGGAGGAGAACGUGAACCGCCGCGUGCUGGAGGAGGGCAGCGUAGAGGCGCGCACCAUCGAGGAUGCCAUUGCGGUGCUCAGCUUGGCGGAGGAGGCUGCAGACCGACAUCCUGAGCGCCGCAUGCGGGCGGCCUUCACCGCCUUCGAGGAGGCGCAGCUGCCGCGGCUCAAGCAAGAAAACCCCAACAUGCGGCUGUCGCAGCUGAAGCAGCUGCUCAAGAAGGAGUGGCUGCGUUCACCAGACAACCCCAUGAACCAGCGGGUCAUGCCCUUCAAUGCCCCCAAGUGAGCCUGGAACUGGGGGAGCCGCCCUGUGGGCGGUCAGGGUCGUGACCCCACAUGCCCUCCCGCUGGAUCAGCUCUGAGGGUUACAGAGAUGUCCAGGGGCUUCGGCGAGUGUCCUGGGGGCUAGGUGGCAUCGCUGGCCACACCUCCCGUCGGAGGGUCCCUGCUCCAGUGACACCCCCUCCCUUCCCACUCACGCUGGAGCCCUGGAGCUGAGUGUCCAAUAAAGGUGGUCGUUGAGGCAGA